AUGGCGAUUUGCAAAGAGCUUGUCGAGAUGGGGCUGCGGCUUUCUGACUUGGGUAUGACGGAAAUUAUACUGCGAUCUAGAAUACCAAUACUUUUUAUCUCAAUAGAAAUCGUGGAGUCAUACCUUUCACUAUAAAAAUCAAAUGAAGAGACUUUCUUCCCUAUUGAUCCUAACGAAUUAAAACACGAACAAUCAAUGCAAUAAUUCAAGGUAUUACCUUGCACUUGCAUGACCCCGCUGGCCCGCACUUGGAUUUGAAAUUCUAUUGGGUGCGUCCUGGACUCCGAGCAGUAGCCGGCGCGCAUAUCAAGGACACCAAGGUCGGAGCGCUUAUCGCAGGUGACAUUGAAGCUACUUCGCAACCUUCUUUGGCAUCGGAGGAUGCGAACGACAGUUCAGAGCAGUGUCCUAUCAGUGACGCGAUCACGGCGCACAUUCCGGAGGAUGUAGGUGAUCUUAUGUGA